AUGAGGAGACCCACCCCCUGCCCCACACACACAGAUGGCCCCAUCCUUACUCCCCCAAAGAGGGAGCACCUGGGGGUCCCAAACGAGCCCCCCAUUGACAUCCAGUUCCAGCCCUCGGGAUACCUCUUCCUCGCCUCUCCGAAGGACGCUGCUGCGCUGGAGGCCACUGUGCAGCUCCAGAGGGAGGAAGGGGCACAGGUGGCCCUGAUGUCCCCCACCCAGCUGAAGGAAAAAUUCCCAUGGAUGAACACGCAGGACGUGGCCGUGGGGUCCUAUGGUUUGGAGAACGAAGGCUGGUUUGACCCCUGGACCCUCCUCAACGCCUUCCGCCGCAAAGCCCUGUCCCUGGGGGUCUACAGCUGCUCCGGGGAGGUGCGAGGUUUUGUCACCUCAGCUGAGGAUCCGAUGCCAUCGCUGGGACCAGAAGCAGAGACUGCCCGCAUCAAAUACGUGCACAUCCACAUGCCAGACAGCCUGGAGUACCAGCCUGUGGCCUGUGCCAUCGUGGUCAAUGCCGCCGGUGCCUGGGCCGGGGAGCUGCUGCAGGCCAGGGGGCUGCCUGGGGGGCUGCGCCAGCCCCCCCUGCCCAUCCAGCCCCGGAAGAGAUACGUCUUCUCCUGGCACUGCCCCGACGGCCCCGGCCUCUCCUGCCCCUUCCUCAUCGACACCACCGGCGCUUAUUUCCGCCGUGACGGCAUCGCUGGCAACUACCUGGGUGGCAUGAGCCCCCCCGAGGAGGAAGAGCCAGAUCCCAGCGAUCUCUCCGUGGAUGAUGUGUUUUUCCAGGAGCGGGUCUGGCCGCUCUUGGCUCGGAGGGUCCCGGCGUUCGAGUCCCUCCGUCCCCGGGGAUCCUGGGCAGGUUAUUAUGACUACAACACCUUCGAUCGUAACGGGGUGCUGGGGCCUCACCCCAAACUGGAAAAUCUCUUCUUAGCUGCUGGUUUUAGUGGUCACGGGCUGCAACACGCCCCUGCUGCCGGGCGGGCCGUGGCUGAGCUGGUGGUGAAAGGGAGGUACGAGAGCCUGGAUCUGCAGAGGUUGGGCUGGAGGAGGCUGGUGGAAGGGGAACCUCUUGGGGAGGUUGGGGUGGUGUGA